UAUAGAUAUUAAGCACUCUUGAAAAGGUAAAUCUUAAGUGACGUUGAUCAGUGUUCAGUGUAUUAGAACACAUUACAACUGAUUUUUCCCUUUGCUGUUCUGUUGAUUUUUGGAAUUUUUGGAAUCAGAAAAUGGCGGCAUUUUCCAAGGAGAGAAGACAGAACAUGCUGACUGGUAGAAGUCUAUCAUCACCGGCCCACACAAUAGGUUGGAGACAGGAUGAGUGGCCUGGUUGAAGGGUCACUAAGUCGCAAAAUGCUGACAAUUUCGGAGAAGCAAUAGGAACAGUGUCCCUUAAUCAGCGCGGGGUCUGGCCAACAUAAAUGUUUGUUUUUGCUUGGGGAGCCGUGACCUUUACUGUCGGCCAAGCUGGUAGGACCACGGUGAGGUAUAGAACGUCAAAUCCAGUCCUCUUUACAUUGGAAACAUUUUCUCCCAAAAUAAUGCAUAAUUAAACUGGGGACAAUGCUGGUUUGCACAUCAUUAGAGUAAUAAUUCAAGUUCCCUUUUAUAACAGCAAUUAGUCUCUCUGGGGAUGAAGGAGUUUGAGGGGAAAGUUGACUUUUCAUGUGUACACCCCCCUCUUCAGGGAACCAUAGAUUUUCAAUGGUCUUGGCCAUUCCAAAACGUCCCCUAGCAUGUUUUUGGAAUGUGGGAGGUAACCUGUGUGGCCAACAUGCUAACCACUCGUCCACCAUGCCACCAAGUGUGACAUUAUUAUUCUUGCUAAGCAGACAAAUACAGAGAAAUGUCAAAUUGCAGGGGAUUUCAGUUAAAAUUGAGUCCGUCAAUGCAAUUUUUUCACAGCGAAGGUCCGGACCUUGACUUAAAAAUGCAUCAAACAGACUAGCUCAUAUGAAUAUCAAGUGAAAACAGAUGAUGCAAAACCAGCAGACAUUGCGAAUUCUGAAAAUUCAGAAGUUAAACUGAAAGGCUUUGAAAAGGUGCGAAAAUCGAGAUUUUUUUAAUGAACACAGGAGUCAUUCGGAAGCUGAAGCUUGACUGAAAUGCUGUGGAAAUAUGCUAAAAUGUAGAAUGGAAGUAAAUAAGAGUAAAUUGGUAGUUUGAGCUCACAUAAGGAAUCAAAUCCCAUCUGGUACUUUUACAAUCAGUAACUGUUACAUUUGUUCACUUCCUGCUUUCCAUAAUACAGUUUGUUUUUUUGUUUUUUUUAAUAAUGCACCUCGUACCGAAGUACUCGGUGAUAUGAGCAUCCAAUGCCAUAAUGGGUACCAUAGUGCGUGUCAAUAUAGUGAUAUAUAUAGCACAUCAUGACUGGUUCAAGACUCUUCAUCCUUGUAUUUAGCAAACAUCAACUGCUUGUAUUGUUUCUUGAAUUGGCUCAUCGUUGUGCAUUGUUUGAUUUCCUUACUCAAUCCAUUCCAUAGUUUGAUUCCACAUACUGAAAUGCUAUGGCUAGCAUAACGUAGUCCUAGCAUAGAAGUGUUUCAAAUGUACUUCUUCCCUGAGAUAGAUGGGUGUACAAUAUUUGCACAAAACAUUUAAUUUUUUUGGGUAUUUUACAUCAAGCAGCUAAGUCGCGUCUCAACACCUGGAAGUGUUUGUGAGCACCGAUGUUAAAGAUCCUCCUCUCCACUUACUACCUUCCACUUCCAUUUCCUGACAUUGUUCCAUUCAAGACAUCGUGUCUGUUUGUAUGUGGUCGAAAUUCCUACUUUGGUGUAAUUCGCACCCAAAAAACAACAAGCAUUCCAAAACAGAUGCUAUUGAUAACGGGAUUUUUUUUAGUGUCCCACUAGUGUGCCACACCAACAGAGGAUGUCCUGUUAAAUGUGUGUGUGUGUGUGUGUAUGUGUACGGAAUGGGAGGGAAGACGUUCCCAACAGCUCGACAGCUCAGUUAUCCGCCAACGUCCGAGCACAAAAGGUGUCACCGAGUAUCUGCAGCCUGAACCCAAGACUCACCGGGUUCCGAAGACCACAAAAUCAAGGAGGCAUCAGGAGGGAUUUGUCCUCCGUCAUUCAUCAUUUGACGAGAUAAUGGGUACCGAAGAGCUCAACCACUCGCUGUUUUCAAACGGCACGCCGUGGUUUGUCUACGAGUGCACCCUGGAGCUGGAUGCAGAGUACCGCCGCGUCUGCCUCUUCCUGCUCUACCUCUUCAUCUUCGUCGUGGGCCUGCUGGAGAACAUGCUGGUGGUCUGGGUCAACUGGCGCCGCCGCCACUCCGCCAACGGGGUCCUCUUUUGCAUCCUCAACGUGAGCCUCUCGGACCUGAUGGUGAUCACGGUGCUGCCCUUCUUCAUGAUGGAGGUGACCGUCAACAGGGUUUGGCUGUGGGGCCGUUUGCUCUGCAAGCUCACCAACCUCAUCUACGGGAUCAAUUUCUACAGCAGCUCCUUCUUUCUGGCCCUCAUGACCUUGGAGCGCUACCUGUCGCUAACCAGGCCUUCGUUCCCGGCCUUGUUCCCGGUGGUGGGGCGGCGCCGCUGGGCCGUCUGCGGAGGCGUGUGGCUGCUCUCGUUGUUCCUGGCGCUGCUGGAAAACAUCCACGUGGAUCUCCUGGAGUGGGAUGAGCCGGGCUGCUACAUGCUCCCCGAGAACAACUACACCCAGUGGUUUGUCUCGGUGGCGUUCCUGUGCCUGAUCUUCCAGUUCCUGUGCCCCGCCACCGUUAUCAUCACUUGUAACGUGCUGAUCGCUCGCGCCAUUCGAACGGCGCCGGACGUGCAAGGACGGCGAGACGUGUGGCUGGUGCACGUCUACUCGCUGGUGUUUGUCGUGUGCUGGCUGCCCUACCACUUGAUCAUGUCGCUCAUGAUCAUCGAUGACCUUCACCCCAUCCUCUUCAGCUGCAACAUGGUGGAGGUCAUCUAUUUCUCCUUCAGCGUGGUGCAAACCCUCUCGCUUUUUCACUGCGUGGCCAAUCCCAUCCUCUACAACUUUCUUAGCAAGAGUUUCCGUGACAACCUCAUCAACACCGUGGUCAGCCACAUACCCAGAGAGAGCCCGACAGACAAGGCGACGGCGGCGGUGGCGGCGGCGGAGACACAGCCCAACGCAGCAAACGGAGGAAGGGGCGAUAAGGGGAAGCAGCGCAAAUUAAGUAACGCCAGCACCAGUCAGUCUGAUGUUGGGUCAUGAUCAAAAAAAAAAAAAAAAAAAACUGCAUCAAAGAUGGCGACCGCAGGGUUCAAACGUGCCUGAAACCUCUAUUGACUGAUGAGAGAAGUUAUACUGCUAUAUUGAUUUAUCGUUUCUUCUUUUGUACAGCUCAAGGUUAAUUUUGUCAAUCAAUGUUGUUAAUACAUAGUGAAUCGCUGAUAUGACUGGUGAUCAAUAGCAGUCAAUCACAAACGUUGAAAAUCCUACUUCACACAAACGAAUUCUAAGUCUAAUAAAGUCGCACCCUAGCGGCCAAUUUAAAGAAUGCACUUCCGGCUUUAAAGUCAGCAUGAAACGACAAUUAAAUGAUUUAAAAACUCUAAACUGAAAUUUGGGCGUAUUUUCAGAAAAUAUAAACACACAACAUUGACAACCGUGAUCAUUUCGGUCACAAGAAUUACGACACAAGACGGUUAUUGACACUACUUUUGUACAAGCUUCAUGCUAAAUCAUGCUAAUCAUAAAUGCUAACCUGUUUUCAGUUAGAGCCAACCUUGCAUCCGCUGUAGCUCCCGCCCUCUCUUCCAAAUAUGGUAGCGACCAACCGGGAGACCUCAAGUCACGUGACACAAAACCACUCCCAAGUAUAUCUUACCGCUCAAAAAUUAAAGGGAACACUAAAACAACACAUACCGGAAAUACAGUUUGAUGUCGUGUCCUCCAUGUUUGAUUUCACAGAAAUAUGACUGACUUGGGAGUUACGCUGUUGUUUAAUUGUUCCCUGAUAAUUUUGUAAAUCUAAUCGUAUAAAUUAUUAAGUAAAUCCAAUACCAAAAACAGUAUUGUAAGCAAGCCUGUGUCCACUGCUCUCAAUGUCUAAAUAGUAACCUUAUAUCUAACCAACUAAACAUUCCAUAGUCAGGUGACUGUUAUUGGUAAUACUUAUGUAGUCUGCUGUUGCAAGUACUUUGUAAAAUAUUAAAUAAAACUCCUGAAGUUGGAAAACCUGUGUAGGAUGUUGUUUUCUAAUGUAGGUGAAGGGGGGGUCAUAUAGUAUUUUAUCAACGCUGUUCUUUGUUUACAUCCAAACGUGGAAUGUGCCAC